AUGACUGGCAAUGGUUUUGUAAAAGUCACCGAAAACUCAACCACCAUAUUCAAAGACGAUCACACCUUCUUUAAUCCAGCACAGGAGCUCAAUAGAGACAUGUCAGUAGAACUUAUAAAAGAGUGCUUUAAAGAUAAGGAAAGUUUUAGAAUCUUAGAUGCAAUGUCAGCAACUGGACUGAGGGGAAUAAGGUAUUUGAAUGAGAUACACAACUCUGUGGUUUACAUGAAUGAUAUUUCAGAGUGCUCGGUGUCUGCAAUAAAGCAGAAUCUUGAGUUGAAUGGAUUUGAAGAGAUUGAAUGUUUUAUGUCAGAUGUACAGCAUAUUAGAGCAAGGAAGACAUCGAGAGCAAAUAUUGUGAAGGCAGACUGUAACGUGCUUAUGGUAUCUCUGCCAUGUUUUUUUGACGUUAUUGAUAUAGACCCAUUUGGAAGUUGCUCUGAAUAUAUUGACAAUGCAAUCAGGUCUAUCAAGCAUAAGGGAGUGCUGUGUUUGACUGCAACAGACAAAGGCGUGUUAUGUUCGAAUGAAAAGAAAUGCCAAGUAAAGUACUCUACACGUAUUCUUAGAGGAGUUGGUAUGAAUGAGGUUCCACUGAGAACGAUUGUUUCAUUGGUAUCUCGACAAGCGUCUAAGUUUGAUUCGAGUGUUGAACCGUUGCUUUGUGUAAGUGUUGAUUUCUAUGUCAGGGUGUUUAUCAGGAUUCUGAAGAAGAAUCCCAGAGCUGUAAUUGAUGAUAAUCGAUAUGUUUUUGUGUGCAAAUGUCAGAAGAUUGUAGUAAUUGAUGGAGAAGAGAUUUCAAGCACAUGCAGUAAUUGUGGAAAGAGCAUGAGGCUUUGUGGACCGUUUUGGAAAAGACAGCUACAUGAUGCAGGCAUUGUUCAGAAAAUGCUUGAUAAUGUGAUUCGUAGUGAGAACAAAAGAUUACUGGGAUUGUUAAGGUAUAUAAAGCAAGAGGCUCCUACAAUGCUAUACUACGAGUUGCCAUCGUUGUGUUCUAUCCUUAAGAUCAACAUUAUGAAGCGUGCAAGGAUGAUGAAUGCAUUGGCAAACAUGGGGUAUUUGGUGACUUAUACACACUGCGAAGUGAAUGCAAUCAAAAGCAAUGCGCCUGUUGAAGUGAUUAACAAGAUUUUAAUAGCAAAUGAGUUGGGAGAUGUCGAAAAACAGAGACAGAUGGGAGUGUGCUUUGAUGAGAAUGAAGCAGUUAAAGCAAUUGAGGAGACUGAGUUUUUCAAGGGAAUGAUGUGCUCGGGAAUGGGACCUCUUGGCCUUCCAAAAAGAAAUACAAAAGAUUGUUGA